AUGUCUUCAUUUGCUCAGCUCAAUCGUGUCAGUAAUUUCUUCGUUGGAAGUUACAAAACUGUUCUUCAGGGAAGGACCACUUGGUACAACCAAGUACAAGUAUGCAACUAUACUAAAAAGUCUGCGGAGGCAAAGCUUGGGCUGGAAAAGCCAAAGCGGCCCUUGACUCCCUAUUUCAAGUUUAUGACUCAAAUGAGGCCAGCUCUGCUUGCCAAGAAUCCAGGAAUAACCUCCAGAGAAGCUAUCUCUUGGACCUCUAAACAUUGGCAGGAAUUAGAUAUUGAGACCAAGAAUCAAAUGGCUAAAGAAUAUGAAAAAGACAUAGAAGACUAUAAAAAGAUAAAGGCUAUGUAUGAAUCAUCUUUAACAGAACAACAGAAGGAGGACAUAAAGAGGCUGAAAGGUGAAAUGGCUGCAGCAAAAGAAAAAAGAAAAUUAAGAGCUGAAUACAAAGAACUGGGCCGUCCAAAAAAGCCAAUGUCUUCCUAUUUCUUGUAUAUUCAGUCACGAAAAGACAACUUUAAUGCCAAAGAUAUAAAAGCAUAUCAAAUACAGGCAAAAUCAGACUGGAUGAAAUUGACUAGCACCGAGAAAGCAAAAUUUGAGAAACAAGCACAAGAACUAAUGAUUAAAUAUAAGAAAGAUCUAGAAGCAUGGGAACUUAAAAUGUUGUCAAUGGGACGUGAUGACCUUGUUCGCCCUAAACCUCCGCGAGAGAAAAAGCCAAAAGCUGUCGUUAAAAAUGAAUAG